AUGCCGGACUCACUCUGGUCAGAGUACAAAAACGCUGAAGGGCGGACCUACUGGUCCAACUCCAAGACAAAGCAGUCGGUAUGGGAGAAGCCUGACGAGCUGCGCACGCCGUUCGAGCGCGCUCUGGCCAAGACCGACUGGAAGCAGUAUACCAGCAAGGACAGGCCGUACUAUGUGAACAGCUAUACGAAGGAGACCAAGUGGGAUUUACCGGAUGAGCUGGUUAAUCUCAAGAGGAAGGUGGAUCGGGAGGAGGCGUAUCAGGAGGAAAGGGAAACGAGGAGGAGAAAGGGGUUACCUAGUCCUACGCCGCCGCCUCGUACACCGUCCCCCACCCGCUCCAUCUCCCCCAGCAACGACAACGCCAUGGUAUCCUAUACCGCUCCCCUCCCACCCCGUGCCAAGACCCCUCCUCCCAGAUGGCCCGUCGGCGGUUUCCUCAAAUAUGAAGACGCCGAAUCGGCAUUCAUGAAGCUCCUCGCAUUCUUCGACAUUGACGAGACGAUCACCUGGGAAGACACCCUUCGGAAGAUCAUCACGCACGAGCUGUACAAGUCACUCGAGACGCUCGCGGAGAAGAAGGAUGCCUUUGCCAAGUAUCAGCGCAAGAUCGUAGACGAUCGGCUGGCGGCCAAGGCGGAGCGGGUGGAGAAGCUCCGUCCGGCUCUUCUGGCUCUCUUUGCGAGCAAUCGCGAGAUCAAGAGCUGGAGCACGGCCAAGACGGCCAACCGGGUCUUUCGGGGGAAUAGGAUGUGGGAGUCGGCGAAGGAGGAUGAGCGGGAGGCUAUCCUUGAUGGGUACACCCGAGACAUGCGUCUCAAGGAAGAGACGGAAGCAAGGGAUACCCGGACCCGGAACCUCGAAUCCCUAAACGCCCUGAUUCGGACGCUGGAGAUUACGGUUUCGACGCGCUGGCGCCAGGCGCAUGACCUCGUCGUUUCCUCCUCGGCGUUCAAGGCGGACGCGGACCUCGAAAAGGUCGACACGGUCGAUAUUCUCGACGUGUAUGACAAUUACGCGAGGGAGCUGGAGAAGGAGCACGAGGAGGAGUCGAGAAAGUUUAGAAUUUCCAAAGUCCGAGAGGCGAGAAAGGCGAGGGAUGGGUUCAAGGAGUUGUUGUCCGAGUUGAGGGACAAGGGGGAGAUGACGGGCCGAUCCAAGUGGAUGGAUCUGUACCCCAGGAUUAGGGACGAUGAGCGGUAUCUCGCCCUGUUGGGCAAAACGGGGUCGAAUCCGCUCGAGCUGUGGAUGGAUGCGGUGGAUGAUCUCGAAGAGGAGACGGAGAGGGCGGCGGAGAAGAUCAAUAAGGGAUUGGCGGGGAUUGAGAAGAAGGUCGAGGCGGAGACGAGCUGGGAGGAGUUUGAGGCGUGGGUCAAAGAGGCACAUUUGGAGACGAUGAUUGAUGUCAAGCUGAGGAAGGAGGUGCACGCUAUGAUCACUGCCAAGCUUAAGCAAGCGGCAGCGGACGAGAUCCGCCGAGCGGAGCGUAAACGCCGACACCGGAUCGAUGACCUCCGCUACGCCUUGAAGACCACGAAGAUCACCGUCGAGAUGAGCUACGAGGAUGCUGUGCCGCUCAUGAAGGACCUGCCGGAGUAUACGGAUAUCGACGCGGAGGAGGAUAGGCGGGCGGCAUUUGACAAGUACAUCCGGCGGAUGAAGGAGAAGAUCCAAGAUGCCGCCGAGGCAGAAGCGAGCACCUCGACCAAGCGCGAGUCUAGACGGCGGGACGUGGAUGAGGAUGAUCCGAUGGAUGGUGGGCGGUCCAAAGAGAAGGACAGGAAGAAGGACAAGUAUAGGGAUGAAGGCGGGGAUGGGGAGAGGCGGAAAGAUAAGGAGAGUGGGCGGGAGUACAGUGGAAGAAGGGGAGAUGGGUAUGGAGAUGAGAGGAGGAGUAGUGGGCUGGAGAGGGAGAAGAGUGGACGGAGGGAUAGUAGGGGCCUAGGAGAAGGGAGGGGGAGUAUAGAGGUUGAUGAUCGGGAGUCCAAGCGGAGGAGAAUGUCGUCUGUCCCUCACAGCGCGAACGGGGCGGGUGAUACAGAGAAGGAGGCGGGGGAGGUAGAAGAAGGGGAGAUAUGA